UUUAAGAACUUUGUCUAUGACGAAAUGGAAACCUUGGUAGUCUCAUGUUGUGCAGGUGCGGCUGAUCUUGAAGUCUUUUCUGCAUCUGCUCCCCAAAAGCCAAAACCAAAAUACCCGUGAUUGCUUGGUUGAGAAAAAUACUGUAUUCAUUUGCUGGAAGACCACAAUGUUACACGAAUUGGGGAAUCAGUCUUUAAGCAAUGCAGUCACCAUAGAAAAAUACGUUAGCUGGGUUCUGCCUUGCAAGAUUUGCCAAAUGAAAAAUGCAUGGAUAGUUUAUCCACCCGGCUUGGAGAUCGAAACAGAUACAGGACCGACAUACGCUAGCGGCCGAUCGCGAUCUCAUAUAUACUACGGGCGAGGGUCGACCCUGCCGUUUUGCUCCUCCUCGACGCGACCAAUGGGCGGCGGCGAUCGUCUCUCCAGCCUCUCCGACGACCUGCUCGCCGCCGUCAUCUCCUUGCUCCCGACCAGGGAGGCCGUCCGCACCGCCGCCCUCUCCCGGCGAUGGCGCCCGGUCUGGCUCCGCGCGCACUCCCUCAUCCUGGACACGAGAUCCUACGGCGACCGCAGCGGCGACAUCUGGGCCUACUUCGGCCGCCAGGACGACGGCACCCGGGACCGCCUCUUCUCCAACGCCCGCAACUUCCUCGACGCCGCCGGCCGGGGCAGCCACGUCAGGAACCUAUCUCUCACCGUCCACGGACGCAACAAGGAGUACUUCCAGAACGUCAUGGGCUGCUCCUGGAGAGAAAGCUACGGCCUCGUGGCCUCCAUCCUCGGCGCCUCCGCGCUGCGGCGCCUAGAGGAGGUGCGCGUCAAGUUCCAGGUCGUGCCUUCGCCGCCGCACUGCCAGAGGGACAAGAAGCUUUACGACUGGGUAUACAAGCUGGACACUGCCCAGUUGCCGGAGCACACCCUCCGAGUGCUCGACCUCGACAACUGCAGGCUCGAGGAAAGCGCUGCCAUCUCCUUCCCCCGCCUCUCCUCUCUGCGGCUCUGCAAGUGCUCCUCCUCGGCAAAAGAUCUCGAGGGCCGGAUCCGCACCGCGCCGAGCCUCGCAACCGUGCACAUCGAAGACCACGACUUUCUUUACGACCAGUCUGAUGACACCCGCCGUUUCACGCUGCACAGCCCAAGCCUCACCGCCCUCACCAUAGUGCUCCGCCCAUGCCUUUCUACAAGAGAACAUUUUGAGGUCGUCGAAACGCCACGCCUGCACACCUUCAAGUACAAGGGAUCUUUCGAUGCGUUAUCCAUGAGAUCGCAAACACCCAACCUCGGACGAGUCGAUUUGACUAUUCGACGUUUCUAUGAUGAAACUGGUUAUCCAGUCAAGACAUGGUUCGCCCCUUUCUGGCAGUUGCUUCGCAACUUUCGGCAUGUCAAGGCCAUCAAACUCAAGGUUCCCAACAUCGAGGGCAUUGCGGUCGACAAGGACGGGCAACAUGAGCACUUAUUCACCUUGCCAGGUCUGGAAAGGCUAGAGCUAAGAGGGUUCCUCGAUCCAGCUGGCAGCAGAGACGAUGCAGCUCUCGCCAUUGCCAACUUGCUCCAAUGUUGCCUGACGCUACACGACUUGAUGAUUCGGAUUCCUACGGAUCCCUACCAAGCUCUCUACGAGAUUGAGACGAGCACACAAGUACGGGUAUCCGAUUUCGAUGUGUCCAUGGAUGUUUUUCGGAGGCGCUUCUCCAAGGAGAUGUUUGUUCCUCUCAUGCUCGACAAUGAUGAUGAUGGUUCCUCGCAAUGUUCGGUGCUCCCUGGUUUGACUGGUUGUCGGUUCCGUUGCUUGGACAAUCAUUUGAAAAGUGUCACGUUGCAGUUUGAGUUGAAGGAGCUGAAUAGCUUUGAGGUUUGUCUUGCCAAGUUCUUUGCGGAAAAUUGUAUGUUCCUUGAGACAUUGCAAAUUGAUGAUGGGAAGCACAACUUUUUAAGGCAUGUCAAUUGGAUGGUAGAGAGAUGGAGAGCUAAUGCGCCUAAGCAGAGGAAACAAACGGAAUGUGAUUCAGCCGACUCGUCAAAACAAACGGGAAAAAGGAAACGACGUAACUAUCGAGUCUACAACGCAGAGUAA